CUAGUAAUUAUCCCAUUACCUUCUGUAAAUGCUGCCUGCACGGAUGUGGAGUCGGGCUCUGAACGCUUGGAUACCGCUUUGCGCGUGUACUGUCCGGUUAAUGAUUGACAGCUACACUAGGUGCAGGAAAAGCACGCGAUCGUGAGACACAGUCGGUUAUUAACGUAGACCCCAAAGCGAGCAUUUAGUCUCACAGUCUGAGCGCAGUCUAUAACUAUUCCUGCUUGGGUAUUCCCAUGGCCGUCAUCGGGAGCGCAGUGUGGUGUGCGUGGCUCGGCAUGAUUGUCAGUGCGUGCGCUUUCUGGCACCGGGCUGCGGCGGAACCAGGAGCCGGAAUGCGCACGUGGGACCGGUUCAGUAAACUGCCCUAUCCAGAGGAUAAAGCAUUCCUGUACGACACUUUCCCCGAGGGUUUCAUCUGGGCCGUGGGCACCGCCGCGUAUCAAGUAGAGGGUGCGUGGCAGAAGGACGGAAAGGGCAAGUCGGUAUGGGACACUUUCACUCGCAGGGGGACUCGAGUGAUCACAGGCGAUGUGGGCAGCGACAGCUACCACAACAUGGCGGGAGACCUGCGCGCCCUCCAGCAGCUCGGUGUCACGCACUACCGCUUCUCCUUCUCCUGGCCGCGGAUUUUCUCCAACGGCACGAAAGGUACGUACAACAAAAAGGGAGUCGAGUAUUACAAGAAUCUCAUCGUGGGGUUGAAGAGGAUCAGGGUGGAGCCCGUGGUUACUCUGUAUCACUGGGAUUUACCGGAGAGCUUGCAGAACGCGUACGGAGGCUGGAGCGACCCUGUGCUGGUGGAUCUGUUCAAGGAUUACGCCGAGUUCUGUUUUCAAACCUUCGGCUCAGAUGUAAAGUUUUGGAUCACGAUGGACAAUCCGUUUGUCGUGGCCUGGCACGGAUAUGGAACGGGAGUUGUGGCACCUGGAAUCAAACAUGAUCCAGAUAUGCCUUUUAGAGUUGGGCAUAAUCUUUUAAAGGCCCAUGCUGCAGCGUGGCAUGUGUAUGAUGAACGCUAUCGAGCUCGCCAGGGAGGAAAGGUUUCCAUAGCUCUGGCUUCCCACUGGAUCAAACCAAGCAGGACGAGGCAGGAGAGCCGAAGGGCUUGUCAGUGCUCACUGGAAUUUGUGCUAGGCUGGUUUGCUCAUCCGCUGUUUGUAGAUGGUGAUUACCCACCAUGCAUGAAGCACAACCUCACUCACAGGCUACCAUCAUUUACCAAGGCAGAGAGGACAUAUGUUAAUGGCACGGCUGAUUUCUUUGCCCUGUCUCAUGGGCCUGCUCUCAGUUUCCAGCUGAUUAACGACAGCCUGCGCUUUGGGCAGAUUGAGGAUCUGGAUCUACGCAUGCUGCUGUUCUGGGUUCACUCACAAUACAACAAGCCUCCUAUCUUUGUGGUGGAAAGCGGCUGGUUUGUCAAUGGCAAUACCAAGACAAAGGAUGCCAAGCACAUGUAUUACCUCAAACGUUUCAUAGUGGAGACCCUCAAGGCAAUUCGACUAGAUAAAGUGAAUGUGUUCGGAUAUACUGCUUGGUCAUUGCUCGAUGGCUUUGAGUGGUAUCGAGAAUAUGGAAUACGGCGUGGUCUUUACUACGUAGACUUCAAAUCUGAUCACCUUACAAGAGAGCCAAAGACCUCAGCCAUGUUUUACAGUAAACUGAUCGAGAAGAACGGCUUCCCUCAGCUCUCAGAGAAUAGGCCUCUUUUUGGAGUUUUUCCUUGUGAUUUCACUUGGGGAGUGGCAGCAAACUCCAUAAAGGUGGAGACCACACCUAUGCAGUUUGUUGACUCAAGUGUGUACAUCUGGAACAUCUCAGACAAUGGAAAAUUGAAAAAGCUGGAGGGUGUGAAUCUCCCCAUGCAUAGAGGGCGCCACUGUGCUGACUUUGCUGCAAUCCAGCAACAAGUAUCAAAGAUCCAACACAUGCAUGUUUCACAUUUCCACUUUUCUCUCAACUGGUCCUCUAUAGUCCCUACAGGCCAUGUAUCAGAAGCUAACAACACCUUACUAAAUUAUUACCACUGCUUUGUUAGUGAGCUCCAGAGGGCCAACAUCACCCCAGUGGUCACUCUUUGGCACCACACUGGAAAACUGUCUAGUCUGCCUGUGCCACUGGAAAACAACAGAGGUUGGCAAAGUGAAGAGACAGUACAAGCAUUUGCUAAUUAUGCUAGGUUGUGUUUUAAAAGGCUUGGGGAUCAUGUUAAAUUGUGGAUCACACUAAAUGAACCCAAUGAUGAAGACCUUGGCUAUGCAGUCGGCCAUCAGUUGCUUCGUGCCCAUGCUCUAGCCUGGCAUGUGUAUGACAGUGAGUUUCGCCAGUCACAAGUGGGUAAAAUCUCUUUGGUUCUCCAUAUGGACUGGGUUGAACCUGCAUUUUCUUUCAGCCGAGAAGACAUGGCUCCUGCAAAGCGAGUUCUGGAUUUACGUGUGGGUUGGUUCGCAGAACCAAUCUUUGGCAGUGGAGAUUAUCCACCAGUGAUGCGCCAGUGGCUCCAGCAGCGAAACCCUUUAGAUCUCUUCAACUACCACUUGCCCACGUUCAGUGAAGAGGAUCGACAACUUGUUAAAGGCACCUAUGACUUCUUUGCCCUCAGUCAUUUCACAACCUCCAUGGUGUAUGAUGAAGUCGAGGAUAAGUACUUGUUCAAGGACACAUUAGAGGUACAGCUGAUUUCAGAUGUAACCUGGAUAAUGUCUCCAAGGCGUAACUCUCCAGUGGUUCCUUGGGGACUACGUAAAGCCCUCAACUGGGUUGCUUCAUGUUACAAAGGCGUGCCCAUUUAUGUCAUGGCCAAUGGGGUCCAAGAAGACAUAGCCAGAUUCAAAGACAGUCUACGGGUUUACUAUCUCUACAACUAUAUUAAUGAAGCUUUAAAAGCAUACACACUGGAUGGGGUCAAUUUGAAAGGCUACUUUGCCUAUGCAUUUAAUGAUCGACAUGAUCCUGGCUUUGGUAUGUAUGGCCAUGUGCAGGAGGAGGACAUAGAGAAAUCCUCUCUAACCCACUACAGAAAAAUUAUUGGCAAUAACGGGUUCCCAGCCACUGGUGAUCCACCACAACAUUGUCCCCAUAUGCCUGAACACUCACCUGUGUGUUAUGUGCUGGUCAAGCGGCCUGUUGUGGGCUUCAUCUCUUUGGUUGCUUCUGCCAUGCUCAUUACUGUGUGUGUUGUUAUAUACUACUGCGUAAAAAGACCUAAAUAAGUGCGUGAUUUUUUCCCCAGUGAUUAUGCAACUGGCACAGCCUGGAUAGUCAAUUUUUUUACUGUCCACAAUUUUCCAUUUCCAGUCAUAGAAUAUAUGUUCAUUGUUCUAAAUAUAUGUAUUGCAUUUAUUUACAUGAAAAAAGUAAUGAUUAUUUUGUUAGGUGUUGUAUUUUGUGUAAAAUUACAUGGAAAAAUUAAAGUUCUGUACUUCACUACAAGUUGAAACUAAUCACAUGGUUUCACUUUGAGAUUUCUAGUCAUAAAGGUUGACAAACAAAAACUGCACAAGGGGUUUUACUUAACCCAUCUAAACUUUCCAGCCUCAUUCUGCUACCUUGCCUGUCAAAAAUACACGUUGUGUUGACAUGAACACAAACCAAAUAAAAUUCCUAA